AUGGUGAACGUGGCAGCAACUUACACAGUACAACCCGCCGAGUCGACGCCAAAUGAGAUCUUGCAGUUAUCGGAAAUUGAUCAAACUAAGACACUGAUUCACGCUUCCACUGUCUACUUUUAUCGCCUCAACGAGGAUAUUCCGCAUUCUUAUGCACUCCAAAUUCUAAAAGAGUCUAUGAGCAAAGCACUUGUACUCUUCUACCCGCUAGCGGGGCGCCUUCAUGAGAUUGGCGGAGGCCGCCUUGAACUUCAUUGCAACGCCGAGGGAGCGACUCUGGUGGAAGCUGAGUCUGAAUUGAUGAUUGAAGACUAUACUAUUCAAGGUUUUGUUCCAAAUGAAGCAAUGAGAGAGCUUAUUCCAAAAGUAGAAUAUCAUGCUACUCCAAUUCAUGAACAACCUUUGGUUUUGGUACAGCUCACUAAAUUCAGUUGCGGGGGUAUUUGUCUCGGCUUGGGCAUUUCACACAUUUUAGUAGAUGGCAUAAGUGCAAUGCAUUUUGUUAGUGAAUGGGCCAAAAUUGCGUGCGGGGAGAUGACUGGUAUCUUCCCUAUUCUCGACAGGAAAAUUCUGCGAUUUGGGGAACCACCGUCCACGCCGAAAUUCGGCCACAUAGAGUUGACACCACCACCGCUCUUGGUAGGGCAAUCGGACAAUAUGGAGGAGCGGAAGAAGCCAACGACGGUUGCUAUGCUAAAGCUAAGCAAACAACAAGUUGAUGAACUGAAGAGCAAGGCCAAUGAGGAUACACCAUACAAGAAUACCAUACGUCCAUAUACCAGGUACGAGGCUGUGGCCGGACACAUGUGGAGGUGUGCAUCCAAGGCGCGGGGGCAUAAAAACGAGCAACUAACAAGAUUACACUUGGCAGUCGAUUUGAGAAAUAGAAUACAGCCACCAAUACCAAAGGGAUACUUUGGAAAUGCCGUUAUACGCCAAGCAGCAGUAGCAACAGCAGGAGACUUACUCUCAAACCCCUUGGCUUACGCUUCAAGUAGAAUACGAGAAUCAGUCGAAAAGGUAACAGACGAAUAUAUAAGAUCAUAUCUACUUGUCGUGAAUCAACAAGAUAUUUCCUGGCUUCGGAAUUUUCCUACCGAAGGCUAUUCAUUGGGAUCUUUCUAUGGAAACCCCAAUAUGGAAAUCACAAGCUGGACAUCUAUGUCUGUAUAUGAAGCUGAUUUUGGGUGGGGAGAUCUCAUUCACAUGGGCCCUGCAGAAAUGGGUUUUGACGGGAAAUCUUUCAUUAUUCCUAGUCGAGAAGGGGAUGGAUCAUUAAUGGCUGCAUUCUGCCUGCAGACAGAUCAUAUUGGGACUUUCAAACAGUUGUUCUAUGAAGAAAUAUGA